CGAGGCCUCACGAACCCAUUUAACUAUCUGUCCGUGAACCGGCUGCGUUUUCGGGUUGCAAAUGUCACUAAAUAUAAGCUUUGGGUCAGCCAGCGUAAGGUCAGACAGUGAGGGGAGCGUAUUAGCUCUCAGAAGGAAAUGCAGCCACUUCUCCAGAGUCGUAUCACCCACCAGCUAACGUUAGCAGCCUAGCUUGCGAAGCGAACCGUGAGCAUGGGCAGUGUGUUGGCUGCCAGCUCCCCAAACCCUCCCGCUUCGGGGAGUGGUGGCACCCAGGUGGGCCCAGGGCUGGUGACAGUGCCUCCAGGGUUUACCAUGCCCCCAGUUUCUCCAGCCCAAUCCUCCACAGGCCAGCCUGGGACAGAGACAGAGUCCUCUUUGCCCAACCCAGGGACAUUUGAGGAAUGUCAUCGGAAGUGCAAAGAAGUCUUCCCAUUGCAGAUGGAGGGUGUGCGGCUGGUUGUUAACAAGGGGUUGAGUAAUCACUUCCAGGUUAGCCACACAGUUACGCUUAGCACCAUUGGAGACUCUGGUUACAGGUUUGGAGCCACAUAUGUUGGGAGCAAACAGACAGGACCUGCUGAGUCUUUUCCUGUAAUGGUUGGUGACAUGGACAACACAGGCAGUCUCAACGCACAGGUUAUUCAUCAGCUGACAACACACAUACGCUCCAAAGUGGCAAUGCAGACACAGCAACACAAGUUUGUGAACUGGCAGUGUGAUGCAGAAUACCGUGGAGAUGACUUCACUGCUGCUGUAACUCUCGGCAAUCCAGACGUCCUUGUUGGAUCUGGUAUUAUAGUGGCCCAUUACCUUCAGUCUCUGUCACCUGCUUUGGCACUGGGUGGUGAGUUGGUUUACCACAGGAGACCAGGAGAGGAGGGUACAGUGACCUCAUUAGUGGGCAGGUACACAGGUAACAACUAUGUGGCCACAUUGACGGUUGGAGGAGCUGGUGCACAUGCUUCAUAUUACCACAAAGCCAGUGACCAGUUACAGGUCGGGGUGGAGUUCGAGGCUAGCACACGGACACAAGAAACCAGUGUGUCCUUCGGCUAUCAGGUGGAUCUCCCCAAAGCUAAUCUUCAGUUUAAAGGUUCCUUAGACAGUAACUGGGUGGUAGGGGCCACAAUGGAGAAGAAGUUGGUCCCCCUCCCUCUGUCGCUGGCUCUCGGCGCCUUCCUCAACCACCGCAAGAACAAGUUCCAGUGCGGCUUCGGCGUCACCAUCGGUUAGAGCGGCACGGGCGGCCAAGACUCGCAGCAGCUCUGCCCCUCCACCAGGCUUGGACUGGUGCGGAGAGACAGGGGGACAUGGACCAACACCGAAACUGAAAAGGACUCGGAGGCGCUCAGACAGUACUGCGUUUUAACACUCACACAGAUGGACCAGGCCAGAGCGCUGACAGGACUACACAAGCUGAGUCCAUCAAGCUCUCUUCUAUCUAUCUACAAACAACAAUCAGUAAAAAGCAACACUCAGGCAGGUUGUUUUGCUGAUCCUGUGAAAUCGUACUUGAUCGGAUAAGUAUAACAUUAAAAUAUAUGGGGAAAAACACAUUUUCUUGUUUACUUAUGAUAUGGUGCAUCCAGGUUACAUGGAGAUGCCUUUUUCAUGUUUGUUCCUCAUCAUUUCUGCAAUUUUAUAGGCCCAGGGGUCAUUUCUGAAAGGGAAAUCAUCUGCCAUUUUUCUUGCUCCUGUAAAGGAUCAACAAGUACAUGUAUUUAGUGCUUACUUCAGACACCUGUGUUUUGUAGGUCUUGGUCACUUUUAUUUUCUAAGUGAUCUGAAGUACCCAAUUUCCUCCUCUUUUCAUACCGACAGCAGUGUUCACAUUAUUCUGCUAGAAAAAAGUAGACAAUAAGCAGGUCAGCGGCUCCCAUAUUCAAGUCAUGCUGUACUGUACUGUUAUGGAAUGGACGUUUCCGUGUCCCUUUGUCUCUGACCAGACAUACAAAGCUGUCAGAGUUUUGACAGGUAGUAGAUUCCUGUCUUGUACUUUUUUUAGUUGAGGCCUCAGGCCAAAUUUGUAUGCUGGGUUUAUAUUCAUUAACAAUCAAUUUUUUUUUUGCUAUUUUUCCCCCCAAUACUGAUUCAAAUCAAGAUUCAGUUUUUAAUGCCACAAGUUUAAAACAUUACAUCAGUCUGAUCAGCUUUUCUGAAAGAAUGUCCUUUGACAGCGGGGUAAAUUUUAGAUUAUGUUCAUUUCAUAGGUCAGGGGUGGGCAGCUGUGGUCCUUUUGGGCUGGGUUUCUGUACAGUUCACCUGAUUUGAGUAAAUUACCAGGUUUGCUUGGUGUCUUAGAGCAAGGAAAUCAGCCAUCUGGCUUCAGUUCCCCACCCAGGUCUUGGGUUUAGACACACUGUUGCUGAAGUGACAGUAAGUUCAUGUCCAACUGAAGAAAACUGGUGGCUGAUUCUCUGUUAGCCAGCUAACUUUAGCCAGACUCCAGACAGUCUGAUAUAAGUGGUGAGGGGAAUCUCUCACUGGACAUUUUUGACCUUUUUCCUCCAUAAUCAUGCACCUAAUACCUUGUUAAGGUACCCACUGUUCUCCAACACCAAUGUUCUAAUGUUGGCAGCUAGCUUUAGAACGUUCCAGAACAGAUACUAACAGGCUAAAUGAACCACUGUGAACUGAGGGGAACCGUGUGAAUGGGGCAGAACAUUGUAAAGAUUCUGAGUAAUCGUACAUACACCCACCCAAACGUUUGUUGAAUAACUUUGGGUCUAUGUGCUUUAGGUUUGAUUUGUCAACCUUCAACGAAAAUAUAAAAUACAGGUUGAGCCAGUGGUCACCAACUCUGGUCCCGGAGAUCUGCCUUCCUGCUGUCUAGUUCUGACCGCAACACCUGCUUCAGCGAAUUAACCUCCUCAGUCCUUGAUUGGCUGGAUCAUGUGUGUUUUUGGGGGGGUAGCUGCAUUGUAGAAAAGAAGAGUAAGAGGAACAGAGUUGGCGACCUCUGAGUUAAGCCAUAGCCAAUAUUCAAGUGGCGACAUCAGCCUGAAAAGUAAAAGGCAAUGCAGUGGAAUCAGGGGAACGGAAGCUUGUUACAAAUACCGGUCAUUUUUUUUGCUUUUAGUAAAUGAAGGGACUGAUCUUUUUGGUGUAACCAAUCAGACUUCAGUUCCAGCAAACUGUUCCGAAUCCAGACGUCAUCUCAAACCUCUUGAUGGCUGGGUUCACAGUUUGAAACUACUGUAUCUGCUGUAUGAAAUGAACGAUCCGAAUGAUAUUUGACUUGCCUGCCUGUCUAAAUAGUGUGUAUUACUACCAUGUAAUGUUUGUUUAUCAUGCAACGAUUUCGUCCAUGUGACACGAGGACGGUCUGCUUUUAUGGGUGUUGUGAUGGAUUAUUUUACAGUGAAAUUAAAUUGAAUUAAAAUCUGGCUUUGGUUUAAAUUACAA